AUGGCUGCAGCAAAAUCUGUUGAAAAACUUGAGAAGGAGCUGUGUUGUGCGGUCUGUAUGCAGGUCCUUACCAGCCCAAGGCAUCUCUCUUCAUGUGAUCAUACAUUCUGCGAGAAAUGCUUGGAAAUGGUCGUUUCUUCAGAAGGAGAAGCAAACUCGCGCUUGAAAUGUCCGAUGUGCCGGAAAACAUCGACUCUACCGGGAAAAGGUGUAUCAGGCCUCAAGUCUGACCCGCUCACAUGUGGAAUCCUUGAAGCCCUGAAGACCAAACUGGACUCGAGUAAAAAAGGAUGUGAUAGCUGUGGGGAUACUGAAACUCCACUGAUAACCUACUGUAGAGAUUGCUUUGAAUUUAUCUGCCAAUCGUGUACCGAGUCCCACGAAAGGAUGAAGCUCAAGUAUACGAAUCAUCGCACUGUCCUGCUCUCGGACAUCCACAACGGGAAGGUGAAGGUUAGCCCUUUGGAGGAUUCUGAAAAGAGGAACCCAUCCAAGUGUGCAGAACACUGGGAGUUGAUGAGCUACUACUGCAAAACCUGCAAACUUCGCAUAUGCAGAGACUGCGUUGUUCUAGAACACAAUGGGCACGACUGUACAACGUUGCGGCACAUUUUCAAUGAAAUGAAAAAAGAGAUAGGACGUCUUCGGGAUAGGUGUCAGCAGCGGAAGGAGGAGAUGGAAUGGAGCAUGAAUAAGGUCGAGAAGAAAGAGCGAGCCGGUGCAGCUAAAACAUUCCAAGAGAUGCGAGAAAGCACUGCUGCUGCCACGCUUGCAGCCACGUCGUAUCUAAAAGAGGCAGAGGAACAGCUUCUCGCAAAAGUAGGCAAGCUCGAAAGGGCAUUCAAACGAAAUGUACAGCUCAGCAGAGACCACAUUUCAGAGAUUACAGACAAUAUCGAGCGUGUGGUAUCACAAGCAGACAGUAUCUUAGUAACAAAUGAAGCACCUGAGUUUAGUGCUCUACCCGAUGACCUCAUCAAGAAAAUGGAGGAACUCUUAGCAAAGGAAUCCAAAGUGGCGGCUGUAGAUGACAUCUUAGCUCUGAAAGGUACGUCAAUACAAAGCCAUCAUCUUUCACUGACAAUGUCCUCCUAUGCUGAUGUUGUGUUAUCUGGAGUUUGGCAAGUAAAGUCCACUCUUAAACUUGGCUCCAAGUCUUCUGCGCCCCGCGUUUUCUGUAACAACAGUCAUGUCAUCUUGCAAACCAGAAGAAACGUGUACAAAAGACCUCUUGAUGGCCAGGAAUCUGGAUGGAAUGACAAACUUCUUAGUGUCCAGAACAACCAGUCUGUCGCAGAAGUGGCAGUUUCGUUUCAAGACCAGGUGAUGUAUAUAUCAUUUCGAGACAAUCUCGAAUUGGGAAUACGUAUGGUACAGCUGUCUGAAAUCAACGGCAGAAAUGGUAACUACUCUUCUUUUGAGAAUAUGAAGUCAGUAACUCCAUCUUCUUGGUCCACUGACACAGAAAUGAUGACGACGGAUUGCAAAGGACGGAUUAUCUAUGUAGGUAACCAGAUGGGACAGACACCACCAUUCUCGACACUUUCCAAAUCACCACCUGAUAAGAUCCAGAGAACAGCCAAUUUAGCAGGUGCAACUUUCACCGGAUAUCGUAUAGCGUCAGCUGUCCCUGUCCCUGUCCCAACGUCCUAUAUGUCGACCUGUUUAACUGGAAGUCCGACACUGACCAUGGGCAUUCCAGGGUCAGGCUUGUCGUCACCUGAUGUGCGAAAGAAAGUUCUAGGAACCGGAAAGAAAACGUCAACGUCAAUAACGAAAACAGAACAGAAGACACAUUUUGCCGGAAAAAAACGCCUUUUUAUUCCAAUCCGCAACAGUAUACCGACAUCGACCCAAUAAACAUGAGUUUCAGAGAUCAUAUCAUGAUCCACAAAGUGAUAGCUUCGAAGUUCCUUUCGGGGUUGCAAGCGUUGCUGCGGCGAAGACUGGUCAGCUGGCGUUUCUUCGAGAGGACAAGAAAGGCGUCAUCAUCACUGAUGAAGACGGUAGAAUCCAGCAUGAAAUCAAGGAACCUGGCAGGAUGUACUUGUCUAUCUCCUGCACAGAGAGUGACGCCCUCUACGUUCUAUCCUCCUCCUGUGGAAGCCGCACCUUCACGCUCACCAAGCAUUCUUUGGAUGAUGGUGGUCUCCUCGAGUACGUCAUCGAUCAGCUCGACGCAUCCGAUGGCGUUACAGUUGAUGAAAGGCAGA